AUGGCAACCAGCGCGGUGCCAAGCGACAACCUGCCAACGUACAAGCUGGUGGUGGUGGGAGACGGAGGUGUCGGCAAAAGCGCGCUCACCAUCCAGUUUUUCCAGAAAAUUUUUGUGCCGGACUACGAUCCCACUAUAGAGGACUCGUACCUUAAACACACAGAGAUUGACGGACAGUGGGCCAUACUGGACGUGCUGGACACAGCCGGUCAGGAGGAGUUCAGCGCCAUGAGGGAGCAGUACAUGAGGACGGGAGACGGGUUCCUCAUUGUCUUCUCCGUGACGGACAAGGCCAGCUUUGAACAUGUUGACCGCUUUCAUCAGUUGAUACUACGGGUCAAAGACAGGGAAGCAUUUCCUAUGGUGCUAGUGGCAAACAAGGUGGACUUGGUCCAUUUGAGAAAGAUCACCACCGACCAGGGCCAAGAGAUGGCUGCAAAACAUAAUAUAACGUACAUCGAAACCAGUGCCAAGGAUCCUCCAAUGAAUGUGGACAAGGCCUUCCACGAGUUGGUCCGUGUUAUUAGGCAACAAGUCCCCGAGCGAAACCAGAAGAAGAAGAAGAAGAUGAAAUGGAGGGCGGAACGUUCCACGGGUUCCCACAGGUUCCGCUGUGUCAUAUUGUGA